AUGAUAGAAGAAGCGCCCUCUCCUGUGCUACAGGAUGCAUCUACUGGUUCCAAAUCGCAAGACGUCGAAGACAUUGUCGAAGAGACCGCAGAUCAACGAGUACUGACAAAACUCGGAUACAAGCCUGUGCUUCACAGAACCUUCAACUUGUUUCACAACUUUUCGACGACCUUUGCCGCUCUUUACUUCAUCGGCGGUGUUCGAGUUACCUUUUCAACCGGCAUUGCUGCCGGCGGCAAUCUCGCCUACUGGACAAGUUUCAUAGUCACCUGCGUCUUCACAUUCAUCAGUGCCGCCGUCAUUGCUGAAAUCUGCUCAUCGCUGCCGCUUGCUGGAUCAAUCUACCUCUGGGCGGCUGAGGCAGGCGGACCAAAGUACGGAAGGCUCUUUGGCUAUGUCGUGGCGUGGUGGAGCACAACUGCCUGGACGACAUUCUGUGCGAGUAACACGCAAGGUGCUGUCAACUACAUGCUGUCUGAAACUGUCGUCUUCGAUCUUGAUUUCCCCUCGGACCCUUCAGACGUCAAGUUCCGUGCCGUGCAGUGGAUUUGCACCGAAGUCCUGCUUGGCCUAGCAGCGUUAUGGAAUCUUCUUCCUCCAAAAUACUUUAAAUGGAUCUUCUAUCUCUCAACUGGUUCUGUCAUCCUCGACUUCCUCCUCAACAUGAUCUGGCUCCCCAUCGGCACCGCCCAGACCAUCGGUUUCCGCUCUGCCCACGAUGCCUUCAUGACCACCUACAAUGGUACCGGCGCCUCUCCUGGCUGGAACUGGUGCCUCUCUUACCUUGCGACGGCCGGUAUCCUCAUCGGCUUCGAUGCGUCAGGCCACGUCGCCGAAGAAACGCGCAACGCCAGCGUAACUGCGGCUCGAGGCAUCUUCUGGAGUACCGUAGUCAGCGGGAUUGGAGGCUUCGUCGUCGUUAUCCUCUUCCUCUUCUGCACUCCUGAUCCAGAUACUCUCUUCUCCUACGGCAGCGUUCAACCAUUUGUGCCUCUAUAUGCUGUCCUCCUGGGCAAGGGUGGCCACAUUGUAAUGAACAUAGUCUGCAUCGUCGCCCUAUGGUUUAACACUGCUAUCGCUAUCCUCGCCGCCUCACGCCUCGUCUUCGCCGUAGCUCGAGACGGAGUCCUGCCCUGGUCCUCCUGGGUCUCUCAGGUCGUCGACGGCCAGCCUCGCAACGCCGUCAUCGUCGUCUGGGUCGUCUCAUCCAUCAUUACUUGCACCAUCCUGCCCUCCUCGGUGGCCUUUACAUCGCUCGUAUCAGCCGCAGGUGUUCCCUCUGCCGCAGCCUACGGGCUCAUCUGCAUUGGCCGGCUCUUCUUUACGCCAAAGACCUUCCCCAAGCCAGCCUGGAGCCUGGGCCGCUGGAGCAAGCCCUUUCAGGCGAUUUCUGUCCUGUGGAACGGAUGGGUGGUCGCGGUACUCUACUCGCCAUAUGAAUUCCCCGUUACGGGCUCUACACUCAACUAUGCGCCGGUGAUUAUGGGCGCCGUGACAAUCUUUGCGCUGCUUUCCUGGUGGUGGAUUCCGGAAGACCGAUGGCUGCCGAGCCAGCGGAUAAAGGAACAGCUCCUGGCAGGAGAAUCUGCGGAUGAAGAGUGA